AUGAACGACUCUGUUUCUAUCAAUAUAUCUGUCUAUACCCGUCUCUUCCUUCCUAUCUAUCUAUCUAUCUAUUACCGUUUCUUUCUUCCUUCCUAUCUAUCUAUCUCUCUAUCUAUUACCGUUUCUUUCUUCCUUCCUAUCUAUCUAUCUAUCUAUCUAUCUAUCUAUCUAUCUAUCUAUCUAUCUAUUACCGUUUCUUUCUUCCUUCCUUCCUUCCUUCCUUCCUACCUAUCUAUCUAUCUAUCUAUCUAUCUAUCUAUCUAUCUAUCUAUUACCGUUUCUUUCUUUCCUUCCUUCCUUCUAUCUAUCUAUCUAUCUAUCUAUCUAUCUAUCUAUCUAUCUAUCUAUCUAUCUAUCUCUUUCAGUCACAUCUAUCUAUUUAUCUCUGCGCUCCCAGAUAUCUUCUGUUCAUAUCUAUCUAAACAGUUGUCUAUCUCCGUCUGUUCUUUCCUUCCUAUCUAUCUAUCUAUCUAUCUAUCUAUCUAUGUAUUUUUUGUAUUGCUUUCUUUUUUUCUUUUUCUUUCUUUCUUUUUAUCCUUUUUUUUGUAUUUCAUUUUUCUUCUUUUCGUUUUCUUUCUUUUUUCUUUCUUUUUUUAUCCUUUCUUUCUUUUUUAUCCUUUUCCUUUCUUUUUUUCUUUCUUUUCAUUUUUUAUUUCUUUCUUUUCUUUUUCAUUUUUCUUUCUUUUUUUCUUUCUUUCUUUUAUUUUAUCAUUUUCUUUUCUUUUCUUUCAUUUUACUCUUUUUUUUUUUUCUUUUUUUUCUUUUUUUAUCCUUUCUUUUUUUCAUUUUUCUUUCUUUUCGUUUCUUUUUGCUUUCUUUCUUUUAUCUUUUUCGUUUUUUCUUUUUUCUUUUUCUUUCUUUUUACUUUCUUUCUUUUAUCAUUUUCUUUCUUUUCUUUCAUUUUGCUCUUCUUUUUCGUUUCUUUCUUUUUACUUUCUUUCUUUUAUCCUUUUCCUUUCUUUUCUUUCUUUUUACUCUUCUUUUUCGUUUCUUUCUUUUUACUUUUCUUUUUUUCAUUUUCUUUCUUUUUUUCUUGCUCUUCUUUUUUUUUCUUUUCUUUUUUUUCUUUCUUUAUCCUUUUCUUUCUUUUUUUCAUUUUCUUUUUUUUCGUUUCUUUUCUUUUUACAUUCUUUCUUUUAUCAUUUUUUUCUUUCUUUCUUUUUCUUUUUCGUUUCUUUUUUUUACUUUCUUUUUUUAUCCUUUCCUUUUCUUUCUUUUUUUCUUUUUCAUUUUUCUUUCUUUUUAUCCUUUCCUUUCUUUUGUUUCUUUGCAAACUCUUUUUUACUUUUUCUUUCUUUUUACUUUCUUUCUUUUAUCAUUUUUUUUUUUCUUUCUUUUCUUUCUUUUUGCUCUUCUUUUUCGUUUCUUUCUUUUUACUUUCUUUCUUUUAUCAUUUUCUUUCUUUUCUUUCUUUUUGCUCUUCUUUUUCGUUUCUUUCUUUUUACUUUCUUUCUUUUAUCCUUUCCUUUCUUUUCUUUCAUUUUACUCUUCUUUUUCGUUUCUUUCUUUUUACUUUCUUUCUUUUAUCAUUUUCUUUCUUUUCUUUCUUUUUGCUCUUCUUUUUCGUUUCUUUCUUUUUUUCUUUUUUUUUUAUCUUUUCUUUUCUUUCAUUUUUUUUUCGUUUUUUUCUUUCCUUUCUUUUCUUUCUUUUUUUUCUUUUUCUUUUGCUCUUCUUUUUCGUUUCUUUUUCUUUUUUACUUUCUUUCGUUUAUCCUUUUUCUUUUCUUUUUUCAUUUUCUUCUUUUUCGUUUCUUUCUUUUUACUUUCUUUCUUUUAUCAUUUUCUUUCUUUUCUUUCUUUUUGCUCUUCUUUUUCGUUUCUUUCUUUUUACUUUCUUUCUUUUAUCCUUUCCUUUCUUUUCUUUCAUUUUACUCUUCUUUUCGUUUUUUCUUUUCUUUCUUUUUUCAUUUUCUUUCUUUCUUCUUCUUUCUUUUCUUUAUCAUUUUCUUUCUUUUUUCUUUCUUUUUUCUUUCUUUUUUUUUUUCUUUUCGUUUUUUCUUUUUACUUUCUUUCUUUUAUCCUUUCCUUUCUUUUCUUUCAUUUUACUCUUCUUUUUCGUUUCUUUCUUUUUACUUUCUUUCUUUUAUCAUUUUUUUUUUUUUUCUUUUUCUUUUCGUUUCUUUUUUUUUCUUUCUUUUUCCUUUUUUCUUUUUCUUCUUUUCGUUUCUUUCUUUUUUACUUUCUUUCUUUUAUCCUUUCUUUUCUUUCAUUUUACCUUUCUUUUCGUUUUCUUUCUUUUUUUUCUUUCUUUUAUCAUUUUUCUUUUCUUUUUUUUGCUCUUCUUUCUUUCUUUUUACUUCAUUUUCUUUUUCUUUUCUUUCUUUUCUUUCAUUUUACUCUUCUUUUUCGUUUCUUUCUUUUUACUUUCUUUCUUUUAUCAUUUUCUUUCUUUUCUUUCUUUUUGCUCUUCUUUUUCGUUUCUUUCUUUUUACUUUCUUUCUUUUAUCCUUUCCUUUCUUUUCUUUCAUUUUACUCUUCUUUUUCGUUUCUUUCUUUUUACUUUCUUUCGUUUUUUUCUUUUCUUUCUUCUUGCUUUCUUUUCGUUUUUUCUUUUUUUCUUUUUUCCUUUCCUUUUUUUUCAUUUUCUCUUCUUUUCGUUUCUUUUUUAUUCUUCAUUUUCUUUCUUUUUCUUUUCUUUUUGUUUUCUUUUUCUUUUCUUUUCUUUUAUCAUUUUUUUUCUUUUUUUUCUUUUCUCUUCUUUUCGUUUCUUUUUCUUUUCUUUUUAUCUUUCUUUUCUUUUCUUUUUUCUCUUUUUUCAUUUUUUUUUCUUUUCUUUUUUCUUUUUUUUUCUCUUCUUUUUUUUACUUUCUUUUUUUUUUUAUCCUUUUCUUUCUUUUCCUUUCUUUUCGUUUUUUCAUUUUACUUUCUUUCUUUUAUCCUUUUUUUUUUUUUUUUCUUUUUUUUUUCUUUUCUUUUUAUCAUUUUCUUUCUUUUUUCGUUUUUCUUUCUUUUCUUUUUUUGCUCUUCUUUUCGUUUUUUUUUUUUCUUUUUUUUACAUUUUCUUUCUUUUUUUCUUUUUUUUUCUUUUUCUUUUCUUUCUUUUCUUUUUCUUUUACUUUUUUCUUUUUCUUUUUUUUUUUUUCGUUUUUUUCUUUUUUUCUUUCUUUUUUCAUUUUCUUUCUUUUUUUCUUUUUGCUCUUCUUUUUCUUUCUUUUACUUUUUUCUUUUUUUUCCUUUCUUUUCUUUCAUUUUCUCUUCUUUUUUUUUUUUUCUUUUACUUUCUUUCUUUUCCUUUCCUUUUUUCUUUCUUCUUUUUCGUUUCUUUUCUUUUUACUUUCUUUCUUUUAUCAUUUUCUUUCUUUUCUUUCUUUUUGCUUUUCUUUUCUUUUCUUUCUUUUUUUUCUUUUUUUUAUCCUUUCCUUUCUUUUCUUUCAUUUUCUUUUCUUUUCGUUUCUUUCUUUUUUUUUUCUUUUUUUUCUUUUCUUUUCUUUUUUCAUUUUACUUCUUUUCGGUUUUUUCUUUUUUUUUUCUUUUUUUAUCUUUAUUUUCUUUCUUUUUUUCUUUUUUUUUCUUUUUUUUUUUUCUUUUUUUUUUUUUUCUUUUCUUUCUUUUUACUCUUCUUUUUCGUUUCUUUCUUUUUUCUUUCUUUUUUCAUUUUUUUCGUUUUUUCUUUUUUUUUCUUUUUUUUUUCUUUCUUUUUCUUUUUUUCUUUUAUCAUUUCUUCUUUUUUUCAUUUUCUCUUCUUUUCGUUUCUUUCUUUUUACUUUAUCCUUUUUUUUGCUUUCUUUUUUUUCUUUCAUUUUAUCCUUUCUUUCUUUUUCGUUUCUUUUUUUCUUUCUUUUUUCUUUCUUUCUUUUUCCUUUCUUUCUUUUCUUUUUAUCAUUUUCUUUCUUUACUUUUUUUCUUUUAUCAUUUUCUUCUUUUUUUCUUUUUCUUCUUUUUUUUUCUUUUACUUUCUUUCUUUUUAUCCUUUCCUUUCUUUUUUUAUUUUCUCUUCUUUUUCCUUUCUUUCUUUUUCAUUUUUUUUCUUUUUUUCUUUCUUUUUUUUCUUUUUCUUUUCUUUCUUUUUACUUUCUUUCUUUUUAUCUUUUUUCUUUCAUUUUACUCUUCUUUUUCGUUUCUUUCUUUUUACUUUCUUUCUUUUAUCAUUUUCUUUCUUUUCUUUCUUUUUGCUCUUCUUUCCUUGUCGCUUUUUCUCCAUCUUUUUACUUAUCUUUUCAGGUUUUUUUCCUUCCUUUCUUUUUUUCCUUCUUUUCAUGGCCCUUUCUUUUUUUCUUUUAA